GCGCUCCCUCGAAACAUCCGGAAACCUUCGUUUUCGAAUAUUUUUACUGUUUCUCCGUAGACAACGUCACAAUGGCCAUGAAUAACAUGCUCCUCGCGCAGCUCAUGAAGGAUAUGCAGGAUCCAGAAAUGAUGCGCGAGGCCCAACAAAUGAUGCAGGAUCCGGCUUUUCAAGCACAAAUGAAAAAAAUGAUGGGAUCCAACGGAUUUCAAAAGGCCAUGACGAAAACGAAGAAAGAAAUGCAGGAUCCGGAAAAGGUCAAGGAUAUGGAGAAAAAGGCGAAACAAGCGAUUGAAGAAGGCAACGAAGAACUGGAAAAGUUGGAGAAGAUCCGUAAAGAGCAAGCGGAAAAGGCUGCAUUAGAGAGCAAGGAUAAAGGUCCCGAGGAAAAGGCAGACGGCGAUGACAGAACAGACGAUAAACCUGCAGCAACGGAAGAAGACGAAGUCCCGGAUAUUCCCAGUUUAAAUCUGAACUAGUUUUUAUAAAACGCGG